UUCCAAUUUUUAAUAUAUAGUGCCUCUUUCAAUUUUCUCACCAACCCCCAAAAUCCUUCUUUGUUUAAUCUUUCCUAACCUUCAAUUCUUGCGGGUUGCUUAUUCAACGCAUUCUUUCCCACCAAACUCACCCUUUGUUGAUACGUACAACGUUUCCAAGUUCCAACCAUGUUGCUUAACACAACUCCUUUCACAAUUUUCCAUGCCACAACCCAUUGAUGAUCAGUUUGUGACACUUUAUUUUCCCUACAAUGGCUUCUUUGUAUUCAGCACCACCCCUCUUGCGUUUUUCCUCCAGGAGGUCUUCAUCUUUGGCACCCGAUUUGAGUUUGGUCAAUUUGAGGAAAUCCCAUUUAAGAUUUGAGUCCAAAAUCUCACCAAUAAAAUUGCAAUGGAAAAGUAUAGAAGGGAAGUGGCAGAGAAAGAGAAAGAUACAAUGGGGUGUGAGGUGCACUGCAGAUGGCAUAGAUGGUGGAAUGUUUUUGGGUGGCAGAAAAGAAGGUGCAGGUGUUAGCAUCCCAGAGAGGUUGAAGGUGGUGUCUUUGAUUGCAUGUGUUAUGUGUCUGUGUAAUGCUGAUCGUGUGGUUAUGUCUGUGGCUAUUGUUCCUCUUGCUGCCAAACAUGGCUGGUCCAAUUCUUUUCUUGGCAUUGUUCAGUCAUCAUUCCUGUGGGGUUACAUAUUCUCUUCAGUGAUUGGAGGAGCUUUGGUAGAUAGAUAUGGAGGGAAGAGGGUGUUGGCCUGUGGUGUAUUUAUGUGGUCUUUGGCAACUAUUCUCACACCUUUGGCAGCCAACCACUCCACAGUGAGCUUGUUGGCCAUUCGUGCUUUCUUUGGAUUAGCUGAAGGAGUGGCCUUUCCAUCUAUGAGCACUCUCUUAUCAAGGUGGUUUCCAACUAAUGAGAGGGCAAGUGCACUUGGAAUGUCAAUGGCUGGAUUUCAUCUAGGCAAUGUCAUAGGCUUGUUGCUAACACCAAUUAUGCUGUCCACUAUGGGAAUUUCGGGUCCUUUCAUCUUAUUUUCAUCCCUUGGAUUGCUCUGGGUGAUAACAUGGGCAUAUCGAGUUACAGAUGAUCCUACGGAAAGUAAUUUUAUCAGCAGAUUAGAACAAAGGUUAAUCCAAGCUGGGAAAACUGGUUCUCCAAAGAAAAGUAACAAGUUUCCUCCCAUACGCCUUCUGUUAUCAAAAUUACCGUCAUGGGCUAUAAUAUUUGCCAAUGCAACUAAUAACUGGGGGUACUUUGUUCUCCUGUCAUGGAUGCCGGUUUAUUUCAAAAGCGUAUAUAAUGUUAACUUGAAGCAAGCAGCUUGGUUUAGCGCGGUUCCGUGGGCCACAAUGGCUAUGUCAGGUUAUCUAGCCGGUGUUGCAUCAGACUUCUUAAUCAAUGCAGGGUACCCUACAAUAUUUGUCCGGAAGUUCAUGCAGACAAUUGGAUUCAUCGGGCCGGCAGUGACCUUGCUCUGCUUGAAUUAUGCCAAUACACCUGCUGUUGCUGCUACACUCAUGACUAUUGCCUUGAGCCUGAGUUCUUUCAGCCAGGCUGGCUUUAUGCUCAACAUACAAGAUAUUGCUCCUCAGUAUGCAGGAAUUCUACAUGGAAUCUCAAAUUGUGCUGGAACUAUAGCAGCUAUCAUAAGCACAAUUGGAACUGGUUAUUUUGUACAGUGGCUGGGAUCAUUUCAGGCAUUCUUGACUAUAACAGCUUGUCUGUAUUUUGUGACAACCAUUUUUUGGAAUCUUUUUGCUACAAGCGAGCAAAUUUUGUGAUCUUUUCCCUUCGAAAAAUUCCUCAAACCUUGCGUUUCAUAAAGGCGCUAUCAAAAGCAAGGGAAAUUAUGAAUUUUAAAUUAGUUGUCUUAUACAAGAAAUGAAUGAAAAACUAUUUUUUCUUCUUGUUUCUUGCAUAAACGGAAAUUGCAAUAAUUUAAGCCUGUGAUGUAUAUAA